AUGGACAGGAAAGGGGUAGAUAGUAGGAAGUGGGUCAAUGCUCUUCCAGUAAUGCGUUAUCCCAUCCAAGCGACGAUAACGAAUCCCAGCUCGGAGGAUGACCAAGGUGCUAACGAGAGACACCACCAGACGAUACUAACGGGGCUAUCCGCAGGUGUCUCCUCCGAUCAAGAGUUAGUGACUUCUUGUCAUUCUUCCUGUGUUCUCUGUGCACCAUUCCAGAAGCGUGUCGGGGAACAGCGUGGCGCGGGCUUAGUGCCGUGCGUGCAUGGGCAACAGGGCCAAACCGCACCCUGGAAAAGGUCAACAACUGGGCAAGAGGCAACCAACUAUGGACAGAUCAGGAUUCCGCUAAUCGUCGACCAUUACCCGUUUGAGAGUUCCCGCAGCAUAACAUCGAAUGGGAGCGAGGACGAGAGGCCAGCAAGGCCAAUCACACGUUGGAAUGUGGAUGCGCGAAAUUUGGGCUGUAAGCCACGAGGGUGUGGAAAUAGUCUGACGCCAGAGACUGGCAAAGACACACUUCCAAGCGCGAAUGGAUUGUUGUCGCUCACCGUCUUUGCGGCUCUCUCGGGGGAGGCGGACGGUCGGAGAAGCCUGGAGACAGGCCCAACCUUUUGCCCAGAUCGAUCAUUUCCUCUGGUGGAUGCCGCCGUUCUGUCAAUCCCUAAACACGAGGGCCACCAUCCUUGCAGCCCACAGGCGCCGUCUUACGACGAUGCCAGCCAAACCUUCCACGGCGGAAUCGAUACCCACCUAGAAGUAAGGAAAAUUAAAUUGCAUUAA